GUGGGCAGUCAUGCAUUUUAUGGCAGGCCCUGCAAGUAGCUGGAAUAUGGGCUUCCACCAAGCCCUGGCCCUCUUAAUAAUGCAGGUCAUGAUGAGCCUGGUGUUUGGUGAGUUUGAUCAUAAUGAUCCAGAACCCCCUCAUCCGAUUCAGUUAACCAAAUACUUAAGCUGCUAUCGAUGCCUCCUGGAGACCAAAGAGUUGGGGUGCCUUCUGGGAUCUGACAUCUGCCUCACCCCAAAGGGCAGCAGCUGCAUGACUCUGAUCAUAAAGAACAACAGUGGUUCCAACGUCAUGGUGAGUGACUGCCGCACGAGGGAGCAGAUGAGCGAUUGCUCCUAUACCCACACUUCACCGGUGCUGGGCUUCUGGGUGUUCUCGAAAUGCUGCUUCCGGGAUUUCUGCAACAACCCUAAGAACAGAGUGUCAUAUAUGCCUUAGAACAUCUGCAGAGACCUCCGGAGUAAAAUCCUGCCAAUUCCAGCCAUCCUCCUGAUUUCCACCUGGGAGCAGCCAAAACAACGCCCAGUGGCCCUGUGGGCACCUCAGUGGCACUUUUGGGCCCGAGCCUAUCUGAUGCUUGGUGGACGCCCCUCAACACCCCAUCCCCCCUCUGCCCCUUCCCCAGAGAUCUCUGGAGUUUUGCUCCAUCUUUCCUCCUGUCUGCUCCUGCCUCAAGGCUGCCCCUUCGCCCUGCUUUGCGUCUCCUUUUCCCACUGCAGGCCUCUCUCGCCCCACGUCCCUGGAUGUUCCUCCAAAAUAAACGGAUGUAC